AGUGCCAAUCAAAACACAAUCACCACCGCCCUCACCAAUAUAUCGCCAAUUAUAUUUGCUUUCCAGUCGGCCUAAGAUGGACCGUAGAUUGUUUGAUUGAUUGAAGCAGGACCGUCCAUCCUUGCCAAUCUGAUCGGGCUCUUGAUCUUGAUCGUACGCAUGGAGGUCCGACCCAAUUCGACGGCCGACAACUCGUCGAUCCCGCAGCACCAUCGCCAGCGUCAUGCACCCGCAGCAGCUCCGCUGGAACAAGCCGCCACUUUGCCUGUACCCGUCGACACCACCUCCGUCUCUCAGAGGCUUCAAAAGGAAUUGAUGUCUCUCAUGAUGAGUGGAGGAGAUCUUGGAGUAUCAGCGUUUCCUGAGGGCGAGAGCAUUUUUACAUGGAUUGGCACAAUUGAGGGUGGAAAAGGGACUAUGUACGAGGGUUUAUCUUACAAGCUCUCCUUACGUUUUCCCCUCAACUACCCUUUCAAGCCACCCCAAGUCAAGUUUGAGACAAUGUGCUUCCAUCCAAACAUUGAUCAGUUUGGCAACAUUUGUCUUGACAUACUUCAGGACAAAUGGUCUUCAGCUUAUGACUGCAGAACCAUUCUUUUGUCCGUACAGAGUCUAUUGGGAGAGCCUAACCCAGAGAGUCCUCUCAACAGCUUUGCUGCAGCAUUGUGGAACAAUAAGGAAGGAAUUUAAAUUGACUGUCUACCUGGGGCAAUUUUCAAACUCAGAAACUGUCGAAUGUUCUUGGCAGAUUACCAAAAAAUGGUGCACAAACAAUAUUUUACUGGAGAAGCAGUUGAAAGCUGAUCGGUAGAGUUGUCUCAUCACAGAUGAGAAAUUUGGGUGUCGUUGCCAUGCGUUAUCUGUAAAGCUGAGGAUAAGAACAGAUUCAGGUUUCAGGUUAAAGUUCAAAGUACAGUUUUUUUUUUUGGUAGUUGCAACAUAAGUCCACCUGUUGUACAUUUGUUUAGAUGAAUUCUUGCUUUGGCCAUUGAAAACGAUAUGUUGUAUUUUGAUUGAUGCUCUUUGUUUCCUAUAUUGAUCAGAUAUGGUUGAUUCUCA